AUGCAUCCGGCUGCCCGCGGCGCUCCCAUGCCAUCUCAGUACGACUACCCAGGCGCUCAAGCCGGCUAUCCACAUCCUCAUCAUCCAUCAGCACAAUCGCAAAACCAGCAGCAGCAGCAGGGUCCGCCCUCGCAACAUCACUCUCACCAGCAGUGGAAUGACAAUGCCCCCGGCCACCUCCCCUCCGUCUUGCAGCCCCAGUCCCUCGCCACUACCUCGAGCCACCCUUCAGUCCGCGGUCCAGGCGCUGCCCUUCCGCCUGCGCCGCCUGCGCUCCCCUUCGAUCGAUCCUACGCAGCCGCACCUCAAAGACCAGACGACGACAUGGAUGACGACGAUACAGGUGGUUACGACGACUACGACUCAAAAGGCAAAGCACGUGCCGGCGACGGUGCUCAGUCCGCCAACAAGGGCACCAGCGACUUUGUCAAGAAGCUCUUUAGCAUGCUCGACGACAAGGCCUACGAAAGCGUCGUCGCCUGGUCUCCCUCUGGCGAGAGCUUCAUCGUCAAGGACAUGAACGACUUUACGAAACACGUCCUCCCCCGCAACUUUCGCCAUUCCAACUUUGCCAGCUUCGUCCGUCAGCUCAACAAGUACGACUUCCACAAAGUCAAGAACCCAGAGGAUGGUUCCGCUUCCGUCGGCGAACACAUCUGGGAGUUCCAGCACCCUGACUUUGUGCGCGGUCGCGAGGAUCUGCUCGAGAACGUCAAGCGCAAGAUCCCAGCCAAAAAGAAGCCCAACCUCAAAGCUGGCUUGGCCGAUGCAGACCGCGACGACAGUCCAUCCAUGCCCCUUCCCGCCAUGGAUGUCCAAGAAAAGACCGGAGAGUCAUACGCCGACCUCAGGGCUCAAGUCAUCCAUCUGACAUCGGUGCAGGAUCAGAUGCAAAAUCACAUUCUCGCUCUCACCAAACAGUACCAGGGCGUCAUCGGCGAGAUGCUCACUUUCCAGCGAAACAUGGUGCAGCAGGAUCAGCUCAUGCAGAACUUGAUACAGUAUCUCAUGAACCUCGAGCACGAUCGAAAUAACGAUCCUGCGAGCGGUGCGACCUCUGCUUCCGCCUUGAUGGCUCAAACGGGCACCAACGCUGCAACCUCCGCUCCCAAUGCCUUCCUCCCAUCGGGUGCGCCAGGCUCCUACGGCGGUGGUCCAUACGCUUCGGACGCGCAUGUCGACUCGUCCAACGCUCGAGACGGCUUCAGAUCUGCCGUCAUCGGCCCACAUUCUGUCGGCUCAUCCGUUCCAUCGGCCGAAAACAGCAGCAGCGCCACCAUUGCUGGUUCAUCGACCAGAAUGUCGGGUAUGGCAACCGCCCCUUCCACCGUAGCACCGCUCUCUCCCAAGAGUGUAGCUUCGCCAAUGGACAGCGGCAGAACGCCAGAGUCCUCGCAGUCUCUCAUGCACCCUCCUCGUCACGAAGACAUGGCGCGGCGCAACUCCAGCCUCUCUUCGCUGCGCAUGUUGAACGGUGCAGCACCGCCUGAUCCGGCCAACAGUGGCAACGGAGCCGGUGCUGGCGGCAGCAGCAACACUAUGCCUAAACUCGAAUCUCGCAGCACUUCGAACGAAAGCAGAAAGGCCAUGGACCGCACACCGUCCCGACCCGCCUCCUCUGAUCCUGGCAAGAAUGACACCGUGACCAAUGCUUCAGGCAGCGACACCAAUCAACAGCUGCGUCCACGUCGACCUACGCUCGUACCUGGUUGGACCGCACCUCCACGUGUGCUGUUGGUCGACGACGACGAAGUAUGCCGCCGACUCUCGUCCAAGUUCCUCCAAGUCUUUGGUUGUUCCAUCGACUAUGCUGUCGACGGCAUGUCUGCGGUCAACAAGAUGAACCAGGAAAGAUACGACUUGGUGCUGAUGGACAUCGUCAUGCCUAACCUCGACGGUAUGUCGGCCACCUCGUUGAUCAGACAGUUCGACCCGAGCACGCCCAUCAUCAGCAUGACCAGCAAUUCCGGUCCCAGCGAGCUCAUGAAUUACAUGUCGAGUGGUAUGACCGAUUUCCUGCCCAAGCCUUUCACCAAGGAGGGUUUGUUGAACAUGCUCGAAAAGCACCUUUUGCAUCUCAAGGCUGCGCAACGAGAGCAUCGUGCCGCUUCGACGGACCAAGGUGGUGGUGGAGCGAGCGGUGGUCCAGGUCAAAUGUCGUCGGGCGGGGCGAUGGGAACUGGAGACGGCGCUGGUGGUAUCAAGAGGAGCUCAUCACCACUUGCUCCGUUAAACAACAUUGGAUCGUCUGCAACACCCAGCAACGGCGCUGCGGACGAUGAUGGCGUUAACCCGCUAGCUGGGAUGGGUUUCACAGACGAGGAAUACGUUGCUAUGCUUCAAAACUUGAUCGCAGCAGGAACGGGAGACGACGAAUUGGCAAGCGCGCUGUUUGGGAACGACACCUUUGCAUCGCAGGACAACACGCCACGCAACGGUGGCGACAUGGGCCACACGCCGAACCACGUCAAUGGGAAUGCAAACCGGAAUAGUCCCUAUGCUGGAACGACACCGGGGGGUCCGGCGGGGUUCAAGAGAUCGGCUUCGGAUGAGCGGAGCGGACAUGGAGGUGGGUUGUAUCAGCAGCAGCUGGCACAAGGUGGCGACGCCAACAAACGCGGUCGAUUCGGCGAGGGUUCCUAA